AUGGGUGUUGAAGAUGCUUCGUAUAAUACGUUCUUUUCUGAGACACAAUCAGGAAAACACGUCCCUCGUGCUAUCUUCAUGGACCUAGAACCCACCGUAGUCGGAACCGGCAGCGGCUUCUGUUCCUUGAUGAUGGAACGCCUUUCCGUUGAUUAUGGAAAGAAGGCCAAGCUCGAAUUCUCGAUCUAUCCAGCUCCCCAAAUCAGCACAUCGAUGGUAGAGCCCUACAACUCUCUUCUCACCACCCACACAACCCUCGAACACUCCGACUGCUCCUUCAUGCUAGACAAUGAAGCCGUCUAUGACAUUUGCAAGAAGAACCUCGGCAUUAAAAGAGGAGAUGUCGUACCAAAGGACAUUAAUGCAGCCAUUGCUAUGAUAAAAACAAAGCGUACGAUUCAGUUUGUGGAUUGGUGCCCUACGGGCUUCAAAGUUGGUAUCAACUACCAGCCCCCAACUGUGGUACCGGGUGGAGAUCUGGCAAAACUUCAACGUGCUGUCUGCAUGCUCUCAAAUACGACUGCCAUCCAAGAAGCUUGGGCCCGCCUUGACCAUAAAUUCGAUCUGAUGUAUGCAAAGCGCGCUUUUGUUCAUUGGUAUGUCGGUGAGGGAAUGGAGGAAGGAGAGUUCAGUGAAGCCCGAGAAGAUAUGGCCGCCCUGGAAAAAGAUUACGAAGAGGUGGGCGUCGACAGCUUCGAUCCGGCUGAUGAGGAAUAU